UACCGUCUGAUGUCGUGACAGUGCGAGUGUCCGGAUCACCUACCUUAAAUAUACGGGAUGCUAAGUCCAACUGUUCCGUCUCGGUGGUGAAAUAUCAGAAUCAGAAAGGAGCGGCAGUGAAGAUCGCUUCGGAUACUCCCAGUUCACGCGAAAACGAUGUACAGGUUGUUUUUCAAUUUUUAAAUUCUUAUGGGAAACCAUUGCUGGUUGGUCAUGUUGCCAUCACAGUCAUUGCCAUGUCAAUUCACUCUGAUGUGACACGAGACGGUGUAGUGAACUACGAUACUACUCUGGACAAAUCAGUCUGGACGUGGGGAACAAGAAAUGAGGGCGGAAUUGGAGCCAUUUUACUUGUCAACAAUGACUGUGAUGGAAAACGUCAACAAAGCGAUUCUGACGAUGCUCGAAUUAAUGGACCUUUGGACUUGGAAGACAUGAGUCGUAUCGGACUGAAGAUGGCAGGACCAGUAAAUUUGCCUCCAAAGUAUCGUCUCGUGCUUCACAGUGAUGGAUCACACAAUCAUGUCAGAGUGUUUGAGUUGAGACAUGGUGGUUAUGAGUCGUCUGAGCUUAUUGGUCCGAGAAACUCGUCGAGGGAUAUAACUCACAUUUGGCGAGGGAACGGCAGGCAGGAGUUGGCUGCUGAGGGUAUUGACUAUCCAGAUAAGGGGUUUGAUGGCUUAGGUUGUAUCAGUAUCUCAGUUGUCGACGACAGGAUGACAAUUUAUCAGGAUCAGUUUGUGUUUCGUGUUGCUCCAUGGAUUAUGACACCCAACACUUUAACACCACGGAUGGUGUUUGUGGCCCGCAUGGUGGACGGUGACAAUACUCAGUUUAUACACAGUUUGAAGAAAUUUACCAGUUCUGCAGGAGUACCUUUGGAAGUUGUUUCUCCUACUAUGAAUAAGAGGGACCGGUGGAUGCAGGACGAAAUCGAGCUAGGUUACUCACAAGCUCCUCAUAAGGGCCUAGACGUUGUUCUUGAUUCUCCUCGUGAUCGCGGCUUAAAGAAGUAUCCAAAGAAACAACUACUGGGACCAGACUUUGGCUAUGUGACUCGAGGCAAGGGAGAUUAUGCUAACUCUUUGGAUUCUUUUGGCAACUUGGAAGUGAGUCCUCCAAUAGAAGGAUAUCCAUUUGGAAGAAUCAUAUUUGGUGGCUCAGCUGACUAUGUCCACGGUAGGAGAAUGAUGAAGGAGGUGAGGGACUUUUUGAUUGCACAGCAAGUGCAGGCUCCCAUUGAAGUGUUUUCUGAUUGGUUGGUUGUUGGUCAUGUGGAUGAAUUCAUGACAUUUGUUCCUGCAGACAAGACAAAGCAUCCAAAGAAAUUCAAACUGCUGCUUGCAAGUCCUGCUGCAUGCUACGCAUUGCUUGAAAGGUUGCACAGCGACGGUCUUGGCGAUUCAAAAAUGUUUGAAGGGAAGACUCGAUGGAAUGGCUGGAAUGCCACAACGACUGCCAAACGACUCCUACAAGACAAACAACUAUGCAAGGACAACACAAGAGUUCAGGAAUAUAUUGACUACAAUCGUACCUUACUGAAACAUCAUCUGAAGCUCGAUGAGUCCGAUAUCAUUGAUAUCCCUGCUCUCUUUGUGUUUGAGCAUGGUGAUCGUGCUGGAGCAUACUUCCCAAAUAUGGUCAACAUGUUGGUGCUCGGUCACCAUCUUGGAAUUCCAAAGCCUUUCGGUCCUCACAUUGGAGGGCAGUGUGCAAUAGAGCAUCACGUCAGUUCACUCUUGAAUCCUUUAGGUCUUGUUUGCCAUUUCAUUGACGACUGGAGUUCGUAUCAUGUGCUGUCAGGAGAGAUCCAUUGUGGUACCAAUACACUACGAAGACCGUUUGAUAUCAAGUGGUGGGAAACGAAAGAAUUGCAGCAGUAAGGCAUGCUAUUACUAUGUGUUUGAUUUCUUGAUUUUUAGUGUAUAUCACAUGCACCUAUGACACAAAGCAAGUCUGGAAUGAUGUUAUAUCUGUUACUUACAUUAGAUUUUGCACUGGCUGUGCACUGAGUACUGUAAUGCCAACAAGUUACAAUGGAAACAUUCUAAAUGAUGUCUAAAUUUAGUUUAGUUCUCCGGCGAUGUGGAGUAGCAGAAAGCUGCUUAGGAUGUCAAAUAGAGAAAGCAGUAAAGUGCUAAACCGUUAGCUGCUACCACUGAUUUUAGCAGGCAACAACACAGAACAGCUACUUCACACGCAAAAAACACACGCGCCACUAGACUGCUAGGUGCACUGCUAAUUAGACAAGCUUCAAACUCAGAGGGCGUGCACGUGGCCGGACAAAUUGACUGGCGCGUGCAUGGGAUUGUUCUAUAGCUAU